AUGAAAUAUAUCAUCGAGCAUAUGGAGCAGGGCUUCAGUGAAUGGGUUGCCUUGGAAUACGCUCAAAUAAUCAGAGACGUGGGAGCAUCCAACCUCAUCUUGUCGUCGUUGCCAGAGGGAACUGAGGAAUCAGACAUUCCUGAAGCAUUGGUACGUAUGGGAUUGCAAUGGACGACGAAACCAUUGGUGGACAUACAUGAGGCGUUCCCCGAUCUUCCCAAAUUAAGAGAGAAAAGAGUGUGUCUCUUGGAUCCUCGUGGAAAGGAGGAUUUGAAGCCCCAGGAUGCUUACGAGUACGACUAUUUUGUUUUUGGAGGGAUUUUGGGCGACCAUCCUCCUAGAGACCGUACAAACGAGCUGUAUAGGGCAUACCCAGACCUUUUGGUGGGCAAAAGACUUGGGGCCAAGCAAAUGACCACUGAUACGGCGAUUAGAACCACUCAGUUGAUUGUCGAACGCCAGCUAGAGUUUGAGAACAUCAAAUUCAUCGACUAUCCGGAAUUCAGGUUUAGCAAAAGCGAGGCCACGGAAAUGCCGUUCAGAUACGUUCUUGACGACCAAAAUAGGCCCAUCCUACCGGACGGAAUGUUGGAUCUAAUCAAGAAGGACUCCGAGCAAAGUCUAGACGGUCUUCUAUGA